AUGCAAGCCACCCUGCAAAUUCAGUUCACCCCCAAACGGCAGCGCGGCACAUCGUGCUGGUACGUCAACAGCGGCAAUACGUCGGAUUGGAUUCGCGCCGUCGUCGAAGGCUACGCCGCCAAGCAUCACGAUUCGCUCCGGCUCUUACCGCUGCCGACUGCCGCGGACGAUCGUAGCCCAAUUGGUGCUAUCUUGUUGUCGAAGCAAACUCCUAGCCACGCGCCGACAAGCGCCUGUUUGCCCUACGGAGAAGCAGCAUCGCGCGUACUGUUGCCGAUCGAAGCGAAGUUUGAUCCGGCCAUCACUGCGGCAGAACUUGAAGCAGAAUUGUCUGCCGAGCAAACCUACGUCUGGCAUCCUGUCGUCGGGUUGGUUGCCUUCGAAGCCGCCGAUCAACUGACGCUGGCCCAUUUGUUAACGGCUGCGCCACUGACAACAGCAACGUUCGAUCGGGGUGAGCCUGGGACGCGGCUGCCGAACACGUUGGCAUCCAUCGUACCCGCUAUUCCGCCAGACAUGAAGUUGGUGAUGGAAGAUGGUCGCGAUGGGAUCGGCACGAAAGGAAAAGAUCUCAAUCAAUUGCCCAAGCCGGAAGGAGAACCGCAGCCAGGGAUGGGCAAUUCGCUCGGUCGCAUGGGGCUGUCGGUGUUCGACGCAGGGCUGAAUCUGGCUUCUGCCGCGGGACCGUUUGUCGAGCGAAUGUUUGGCCCUGCGGGGCCUGGCGCCGGAAGUGGAAGUGGCGAGACCUGGCUUUCGCAAUGGAAGCAGUGGACCCAGCAACGAUUGGAUCAGUUGAAUCAGGCCACGUUGUCGCAGCGCGAUAAAGAGAUCAAUCGCCUGAUGAACUUGUUAGAGCAAAACCCCGACGAAGGUUUGAAAUGGGCGCUGCCGAUCGGUGGCGAACUGCAGCGUAAAUACCGUGAGCUGGCCAACCGCGAGAUCGGACUGGGGCGGUAUCGCCGAGCGGCGUACAUUUAUGCCGAGCUGUUGGCCGACAUCGAAGCGGCCGCGAACGUCUUGAAGCAGGGACAACAUUGGCGGGAAGCGGCAGUGCUUUACCAAGAGCGGCUCAAGCGUCCGUUGGAUGCGGCCGAGUGUCUGGAACAGGGUGGGCUGUGCAGCGAGGCGAUUGAGUUAUACCUCGAACAUAAGCGUUACCUGAAAGCAGGCGACUUGUACGUUCAACUUCAACAGCAAGACGAAGCGGACAAGUGCUUCGAACUUGCUGUGAGCGAAUGUCGUUCACGUCGCGAUGCGCUGGGGGCGGCAAAGAUUUUGGAAGAGAAGCUGGCCAGCGUACCUCGGGCCAUCGAUGCCCUGGACGAUGGCUGGCCGCACAGCGAUCAAGCAAGCCAAUGCCUCGAGCAAUUGUUCUUGCUCUUUAAGCGGCACAGCAUGCAUGAUUCAGCAAAGAAGAAGAUUUCCGAAUUACGCACCCACUACGCCCCGCCACAGCGGCAAGCUUCGCUUGUCGAUGUUUUGGCCGACAACGCCACGAAGUAUACCGACCGAGAAGUACAAAAUCUGGCGGCUGACGCGUGUCGUGUCGUCGCGGCGAAAAACCUGAGCACGUCGCGGAUUGUCGAUCGGCAUCGCAUUUUGCAGGCCAUCAAACGGCUUGAGCCAGACGACCGUCUUCUGGCGAGAGAUUGCCUACGCUUCGCCAAGCAGGAAACGCCGCUGCGCAAGAUCUCGCCGACGACCAACCUGACCAUUGACCCGCAGUUGGACCGCACGAUCAAGAUCCGCGAAACCACGGCCCAGUGGAGACCAGCUGCCACGGUGACAUCGGCGAACGUGAUCUUUCAUAUGAU